AUGUCUAACACCUUUGUUGCAGUCGAAUUCUCGUGGCUGUACGCAAUUUCUCUUAUCCUACCGUGUGAAACAAUUCGCGUCGCGUGGGCGCCGAAAAGGGCUUAUCACGGCACAUCUGAAGAAAAGAGACGGCUGGCUCCAGCUGAUAUUUAG